AAGAAAGCUUCUGAACAACCAGCAGCUGGGUUACAACACAGGUUCAGAAGGGGUGGGGAAAACUGAAAUGCAUCGGAAAAUAACACUUGAGCAAAGAAUCUAAGUCACCCUGGAGGAGGUCGCUUUCCUCUGAGCUCUAUGUGAGCACCCCCAUCCUAUGAGGAGGAAGAGGAUCUGUCAGCCUUCUUAGCUGCACCAUGGGGACUACAGGUGAUGACAUGGCUUCGGUGGAGCAGAAUGCCUCCUUGAACCCUCUGUGCUUCGAGUGUGGCCAGCAGCACUGGACAAGGGAGAACCACCUCUACAACUACCAGAACGAAGUGGACGAUGACUUGGUCUGCCACAUUUGCCUUCAGCCCUUGUUGCAGCCAUUGGACACUCCCUGCGGACACACUUUCUGCUACAAGUGCCUAAGGAACUUUCUGCAGGAGAAGGAUUUCUGCCCACUGGACCGGAAGAGACUCCAUUUUAAACUCUGCAAAAAAUCCAGCAUUCUUGUUCAUAAACUGUUAGACAAACUGUUUGUUUUGUGCCCCUUCUCUUCCGUGUGUCAGGAAGUCAUGCAGCGAUGUGACCUGGCAGCACAUCUCAAGAACAGAUGUCCUGGGGCUUCUCAUCGAAGGGUAGCCCUGGAGAAAAGGAAAACAAGCAAGCUGCAAGCAGAAGUGGAGGGCGAGAGUGGUCCCGGUGGGACGGAGCAGCCUAGCAGUUUGUCUCCGGAUGCAGAUCAGGGAAUAGUGCCAGCCGAGCAGAGCUUCACCUCACCUGCUCUUCCCACCUGGACAGAUGAGCCAAGCAUCGACAAUCCGUCUUUUGAAGAGAACACAGUAGCAGACACAAAUCAACAGCCACCUACCUUGCCUGAAGGAGAGAUCACUACUAUUGAAAUCCAUCGCUCCAAUCCUUAUAUCGAAUUAGGAAUUAGCAUAGUGGGUGGCAAUGAAACACCUUUGAUCAACAUUGUCAUUCAAGAGGUUUAUCGAGAUGGGAUCAUUGCUAGAGAUGGAAGACUUCUUGCUGGAGACCAGAUACUUCAAGUCAACAGCUUUGACAUAAGCAACGUGUCUCACAACCACGCUCGGGCGGUGCUGUCGCAGCCCUGCUCGGUGCUGCACCUGACGGUGCUGCGGGAGCGGCGUUUCGGCAGCGGGCGCCCACACGGGCACGCGGAGCCCCCCGGCUGCCCACGGGAGGACAGCUUCCACGUCACCCUGCACAAGCGCGACUCCAGCGAGCAGCUGGGCAUCAAACUGGUACGCAGGACGGACGAGCCGGGAGUUUUUAUUCUGGACCUCCUGGAAGGGGGGUUGGCUGCUCAAGACGGCAGACUCUGCAGCAACGACCGUGUGCUUGCCAUCAAUGGACAUGACCUGAAGCACGGGACUCCCGAGCUUGCUGCUCAGGUUAUACAGGCUAGUGGGGAGAGAGUGAAUUUGAUCGUCUCCAGAGCCCUGAAGUCACAGACAGUCAGUAUUAUCCGAGACAUGGGAACUCAUAACAGCAACCCACACCAACACCAGUCCCAGCAACUGUUUCACAGCAGACCCAGCUCACAUAAGGAUCUCUCCCAGUGUGUUACAUGCCAAGAAAAGCACAUUACUGUGAAAAAAGAGCCACAUGAAUCUCUGGGAAUGACAGUGGCAGGAGGCAGAGGCAGCAAAAGUGGCGAACUGCCCAUCUUUGUGACAAGUGUGCAGCCUCACGGGUGUUUGGCAAGAGACGGACGGAUUAAAAGAGGUGAUGUGCUGCUGAACAUCAAUGGCAUUGAUCUGACAAACCUAAGUCACAGUGAGGCAGUGGCCAUGCUGAAGGCUAGUGCUGCCUCCUCCGUGGUUGCCCUGAAAGCCCUGGAAGUCCAAAUUGUGGAAGAACAGCCCCAGGCUAAUGAAGAACAAUUGAGCACCAUCAGUGAAAAUGAAUAUGAUGCCAGCUGGUCACCGUCAUGGGUCAUGUGGCUGGGACUUCCAAGCUGCCUACAUAGCUGCCACGACGUAGUGCUGCGGCGGAGCAACUUAGGGAGCUGGGGUUUCAGCAUUGUUGGUGGCUACGAGGAGAACCACACAAACCAACCUUUCUUCAUUAAAACAAUUGUUCUGGGAACUCCUGCAUACUUUGAUGGAAGAUUAAAGUGUGGUGAUAUGAUUGUUGCUGUAAAUGGACUAUCCACGGUUGGAAUGAGCCAUUCUGCACUCGUUCCCAUGCUGAAGGAGCAGAGGAACAAAGUGACUUUAACAGUGAUUUGCUGGCCUGGAAGCCUCAUAUAGCUUUGCGGGCAGGCUGGAAGGAAGGCUCUUUGAAUUCAAGUCAAACUGCAAAGUAAGCUGUGAAGUUCACUCUUAUUCUGUCACCUUCUGACAAAUGUGCAAAUGCCUUGAUACCAAAUGCUGAAACGAUCUCUCUUGUAUUUCAGGGUAUUUUUUUUCCUUUAGAGAGCACCUGCUAUUAAGUUGUCAGCAAGAGUAAUACUAUUUAUCUUGGAUUGUAUUUAGUAUUUUUACAAACGAACCUGUAACUUCUAGACUUUGCCUUUCCAUUAUAUUUGCAGGCUAAGCACCCAUUUGUUUAAGAAAAGUGGGGUGGAGCACAGAAAGAAAUGUGCUGACCUGGAGCAAACCCUAUGUGUUGUCCGUGCUCUGCAUAUUUGAAAAAGAGCUUCAUUUAUAAACCAGGUUCCCAACCUGAACUGUUUUUCUGAAUGACUUCUGUAUUGUAUUAUUAAUUACCAGAGAAUGUAUUUGAGACUCACAGCAUAUUUCAAUUAUGAAGCAUGAAUUUUAUUUUCAAACCAAGCUGAUACAAUACCAGGGCAUCCUAUCGCAUGUCAUUAAUUCCAGUAGCUUUGUUUUCAAAAGAAAUAAAGUUCUCUUUUGCAAAAAAAUUGUACAAACCUCAUAUGAAUGAAGUGGUUUUAUUCCUCUCUGUAAACUAUGCUGUCAAUUUAAUUUCAUAAAAUACAUAAGAAUGUCCUCUACAGUGUAUUACAGUACUGAGAAACUUUGUUUCUGAAGCAAACACCAGACUCACUUGAUACUCUCACGGAUUUGACAAGAAGUUUCCUCCCAUCCCCAGAUGCUGUUUAACUGUAUACUUUGCUUUUAAUGCAGAUUUUUUUGUAAAGCACACCUUAGUGUAGAUCUUAGGGAAGAUUUCGACAUACGUACCAGAUGUAACAUUUUUUUUACUUUUAAAGUUACACUUUUCAUUCAAAAACACACAAAAAUCAGAAUUUUAGGUUUUUAAUUUUAUUUUAUAUGUGUAUGUAACACAAGCAUGGGUUAGCUUAAGUGGUGCAGUUUUCUUCCUGUGUGCUGUAGCUUUUGAUCAGAAUGUCUAACGAUAAAACGUUCUGAAUUAAUUCCCAUCCUGAAUAAUUUUUCCCCCUUCUCUUGUAUCUGCGUAGUUGGGUUUGGUUUUCUGUGCCUUCUGUUUUAAAGUAUUUCAAGAUUAUUUUUUCUCCAGAUAUUGCUAUCUAAUUGUAUGGUACUAAUGAAGGAUGAAUGAAAAUAAAAGUUCAUUCUAGUAAUUAUCA